GCCACGCCGGUUGACAUCAAAACGUUUCAAGACUCCAUUUUCAUAAAAUAAGUAGUUUUCUCUCAAUCAAGUUGAAUUUCGACAGUUUUCUCGAGUUAUCGCAAAGUUGACUGAAUAAUUCCGCUAAAAUGGAUAUCCGGCCGAACCACACCGUCUACAUCAACAAUUUGAACGAGAAGAUCAAAAAGGAGGAGCUAAAAAAGUCGCUGUACGCGAUCUUUUCCCAGUUUGGCCAAAUCAUGGACAUUGUGGCGCUGAAGACGCUCAAGAUGCGCGGCCAGGCGUUUAUCAUUUUCAAGGAAAUUGGCAGCGCCACCAACGCGAUGCGAACCAUGCAGGGCUUUCCGUUCUACGACAAACCGAUGCGCAUCAACUACUCCAAAUCGGACAGCGACGUGAUUGCCAAGCUGAAGGGAACCUUCAAGGAGCGCCCGAAGAAGGCCCGCGUCCCCAAGCCGGCCCACCAGGAGGAAAAGAAGUCCAAGAAACAGAAGAACGCCGAUUCCGGCUCGGCUGCGAACAAUUCGGCCACGGCCGAACAGCCGCCCAACCAGAUUCUCUUCCUCACGAACCUGCCCGAAGAGACGAACGAAAUGAUGCUGUCCAUGUUGUUCAACCAGUUCCCGGGCUUCAAGGAGGUGCGGCUUGUACCGAACCGGCACGACAUUGCCUUCGUGGAGUUUGCCACCGAGCUGCAGAGUGGAGCCGCUCGGGAGGCGCUUCAGGGCUUCAAGAUUACGCCCACGCACGCGAUGAAGAUUUCCUUCGCCAAGAAGUAAGAUGGUGCCGGCGGCGGGGAGGAUCCGGAUGAUCCGGUAGGUUUUAAGCAUAACGGUUAUGGCAUAUUUGAACUAUUAUUUUACGAAAUAAAAACCAUGCAAAAAGCAUUGCACUCCGCUUUCAUGGUUUUAUUCGGCGGUGGGGGCGGUUGGGCGAUGACUUUGUUGUGUACAACUUGGAAC